AUGUUCAAAAGGUUUACGCCUCGUUUUGCGAGAUAUAAGAUACUUUGUUUCAACGCCUUGCUUUUCAAAACAUUGAUACAAGGUCCUCCUCCUACUCCUUCUCCCGCUCCAUCUCCAGAGCCAACAAUUUCUCCAUAUCCUGCUUCUCCAGUUCACUCUCCAGCACCAUCACCUGACAGUAAUCAUCUCCCACCAGCACCAUCCAAGGUACCUCCACAUCCUCGUCCAUGUCCAUACCGCGGUUCUGGAAUUCCUCCAAGCUCCUCACCAACUUCUCAUCCUAACCCUACUGUUCCUCCUAGUUAUGCACCUAAUGGUUCCCCUUACUCGCCUUCUGCGAGUCCUUAUACGAGUCCCUCAUCUCAAUUCCUCCAAGCUGAAUCACUGGUUGAGAUUCAGUUCAGGCUGCAUCCCUCAAAGUUUGGUGGAGAGCAUAUCCAGAGGCUAUCGAAACAGCAAGGGGAAGGCAACUGCAUUUAUGCUGAAGAACUGUUCAACGAGCGUAAAGAUCAUUUUCUCUGGUAUGAGCAGUCGAGUCAGUGCAAAACUAUGAGGGAUAGCUGUGUAAGUUAUGCAUCUGCGGCAGCAAAGGUAGAUGCUUGA